UACAGUUUAAUUAUUUUAUAUUUUUUAGGUAAUGUGCGUUCGCCAAUACUCUCUUCAUAUUAGAACGUGAUAUUUGUAAGGUGUUAUAAUUCACCAAGUUUCUGUGGAUGAUAUCUAAAAUUAGAAAAGUAUGAACGCGAUUAUUGCGUUGUGCCAUUUUUGCGAAGCUCACGGCCCUGGUGCGCUGUUCUGCACCCAGACCUUGCGGGAAACCAACAUCCAACAAUUGGACAUUCAUUUUGACACCGACAGGAAAGGAUGCGCGGCCUGCAACUCGAUUGGCAACAGUCUCGGAAUGGUCAGCAAGGACCCGGACAGCAACGCACACUUUGUCAGCAGCCAGAUCCCGGUCAUCAACGAGACCAUCGAGCUGGUCAAGAAGGCCGCCUUUCGGAGUAUCAGCAGCGAAGUGUGCUCCGCUGCAUCCCCGUCGUCUAGCAGUUGCAGCGCCGGUGACGAUGGAGGAGGCGGAUUAGUGUUCUUUGGAGACGCUCAACGGGGUCACGUGCUAAGUCAUACCUUCCAUCUGAUGGAUUCAGAAGCGCGCGGCUUUACCAAACUGUUUUCAAUAGUCAUUUUGAUGAAGGAUAAAAUGUUCCUACUGAACAUUCAGCCCUUUCUGGCGGAUUGCUUGAACAAAAUCUCCAAGAAAUUGCAAGGUUAUGCGCGGACGGUUCAUGAUGAAGACCUCAUAGCACAAGGAUCACAACGGGCACAAAGGAUAACCCAGGGCUACGCGAAUAAUCCUACUAAAACCAGAUCCCUUGUAGAUCUAACGGGGAAGGACUCAAUCUUUGCAUACUUGCAUGCCCAUUUCAGUUUCGUUUUGUGGGCUGGGGCAAAAUAUUUGACAGAGAGUAUCACUCUCGGGAGCCCUUCGGUUCCGGCUUGGUUAGGUCGAGAUACAGAGGAAGGUUUUGCGAUGGUUCAAACUGAGAAAGAAGGAUAUCUCAUGCGAAGGAUGGGCUAUAGCAAAACCGACGAUGACAACGAUCGGAUCGACGAACGGUCGAAAGCAAAGUAUUCGUUAAAAGCGUUCCGUCAGAUAUUGAAAGGAGACUUCACAUCAGUUUGCUUCUGUGUGAUCGCCGGAAUACAGAUAGUAAUUCGGGCGCCGUACGUAAAAGGCGCUUGUUUGGCGAGAAAUCUUAAAAAGAUGCUACCAGAACCAUUGCACAAAUUGGUUCGGACGCAAGCCGAAUCCUACAAAGCUGCCAGCGAGUGCAGAAUAAUUAACCUAAGUCAGGAUGCGGUCGCUCCAAAUCCAUCAGCUGGGAUAAUGAGAAUCGAUCUGUUGGACGAUCGUGAAACGGUUGCUGUUUGCGUGUGGCAGGGUGAUCUUCCUUUAAAAUUGCCAACAUUGCUCCAAAAAAUCCUCAAAGCUGUAGACGAGGAACUGUUUACUGAUCUGGUUCUGGACAAGCAUCUUCGGGCUAUGAUCGAAGAGUGGAAAAACAAAGUGGUCUGCAUCCGCAAGAUGAGCUCCAACCAGGACGUGGCCAAAAUGAAGAAAAUUCUCGGCAUUCAACACCAGGACCAGGUUUUAGUCAACUACUGGCACAGUCACUUAUGACACACUGGAAAGAUUCGAUUUCAUGGAAUCAUUUUUCAUAUAUUUUCACUUAAAUACACGAAUAAUAGAAGGAAA